AAUCAUAUUCUAGCUUGAAAUCAACAUAAAUCGAAUUAAUAAAUCUACUAACUGUGUUGUUAUUUUAAACAAGCUCAAUUUCUCUGCGUGUAACAUGGUGACUUUAUCACUCAUUCAAAAAAUAUAUGGAAUUUCAAAAUAAUACUCGUAUGGUUUUAAGCCACAAGAAUAUCGUAUGCGAAUCAUAAGACCGCCUUAUGAAGUUACGAAAUUUAGAAUUCCAAUAAAAAGGAACUCAUACGAAAUUUUUAGGACCAUUGUGCGAAAUUUCUAUGACAAACGUAGCUUCUCUCAUUUAUUGUGGAAUUCAUAAGCUGUUCGUAUGAAAACUAUAAUAGUGAUAGAUGAUAUGUAUAUGACAUUUUUUAUGGGUGAUUUUUUAUGCAUUAUAAGAUUUGCCUUAUGAUUUUCACUACUCAAUUUACCUGAGUGCCCUAUUGUAUAGUUGAAAAGCAUGUUUUGGACUUAAAAAUACAGUAAAUUGUGUUGGAUUCCGCAUGUCUCACAGUUAAUCAAUUGUUUUUUUUUUUCAGUAAGUUCAUUUUCGUUUAUUAUUUUAAGGGAAAAAGCUAACAAUUUUACGUGGAUCCAAUCAAAAGCGGUGGACGGUUCCGUUCAGUGUAUCAAUGCUCUCGCACAUGUUUUCUGCUCUCACGAAUUCAUUUGCACCAACAUCAAACAAAAAUUGCAUUCGUAUACAUAUAUCGAAUCAUUCAUUCUUCAUUUAUAGUCGUGUGUGUGCCUUUCUACGCAAGAGACAGAACUAAUCGAAGACGGUUUAUUUUCAUUCAAUACGUGUAGUAAAGCAGUUACACAUAAAUAAAUAACAGUAUCGAUCGUGAAGCGGAGUUGUAAUAUUUAUUUGUCAAUGAAUAAAAUAUUGUUUUUGUGGAGCCGAUAGUUUGGACCUGCAACUUGUAUGAAAUGGAGUCGUACCUUUAGAUUAGAGCAAACGAGGAAGGAUCUGUAUUUUCAUUGAAGAUACGUGCGAUCCCGAAAUGGGUCGAGAAAAUACUCGACCCCAACGAGAAAUCUGACGUAGUCAGCAUACAUUCUAUAUGUUUCCAUCCCGAAGGGAUUCAGUUGAUUGUCGGAGCCGGGCACAAGGUUUUGGUUUACGAUCCAAACGAUGGAAACAUGUCCGAUAAAGAUACGGUCGCUAUGUUCUACUAGUUUACUUCAACCGAGAUUCCACCGAACGACGUUUGGAUUAUAUGAGCCGAUAACAGCACGCAUCAGAACAUUUUGGAUUGUAGAACAUCUCUUCGAUUUCGGCGAACCUACACAUAAAUUUAUGCAGAAAGUGUUACGUUCCAUUAUUUUAUAACCUGACUACAUUAUAUUCAUUAAGACCUUUUAUUGUCGGAUGAAUUAGAGAAAAAUAAAUAAAUAAAUAAAUAUAAAUAUUCUGAAUCAAACAGUUUUUGUAAAGGAAGCGUGUUAUGUAAUGUAAUGCAGUUUCUAAUAUUAUUAAUUAUCAAUACUUACGCUGGGAUUGUUGAAAAGGCUCAAUACAAAGCCUUAUGUGAAUGAAAUUUCACUUUUUGAAACGCGUACAAACUUUUCUGUUUAUUCACGGGUGAAAAAUUGCUCUGAUUUAUAAGAAAUAAAACUGAGUUCAUUUCAACAAUAAUCUUUGUUGUAUCAUUAUACAAAUAAGUUCAUAUAUAAAAUGCGCCAUACUUUUUCUCGCCAUAGAGGCAAAUCAGAAUUAAAUUAACAUAGGUAUUACCAACAUAAUCAACUUAACUUUUGUUGAUAAGCAAUAAUUAGACAAUUUAUUUCAACAGUGAAUUCAUCUGGAACACCUAUUUUUUUUCGUUUGGCUAGACCAAAAUUUUUAUUCACAUCAAACAGAGAUCAUUGCUGAUGAUGAAGAGAUGAAUUGGUUUAGCUCAAUCAUAUUCUAGCUUGAAAUCAACAUAAAUCGAAUUAAUAAAUCUACUAACUGUGUUGUUAUUUUAAACAAGCUCAAUUUCUCUGCGUGUAACAUGGUGACUUUAUCACUCAUUCAAAAAAUAUAUGGAAUUUCAAAAUAAUACUCGUAUGGUUUUAAGCCACAAGAAUAUCGUAUGCGAAUCAUAAGACCGCCUUAUGAAGUUACGAAAUUUAGAAUUCCAAUAAAAAGGAACUCAUACGAAAUUUUUAGGACCAUUGUGCGAAAUUUCUAUGACAAACGUAGCUUCUCUCAUUUAUUGUGGAAUUCAUAAGCUGUUCGUAUGAAAACUAUAAUAGUGAUAGAUGAUAUGUAUAUGACAUUUUUUAUGGGUGAUUUUUUAUGCAUUAUAAGAUUUGCCUUAUGAUUUUCACUACUCAAUUUACCUGAGUGCCCUAUUGUAUAGUUGAAAAGCAUGUUUUGGACUUAAAAAUACAGUAAAUUGUGUUGGAUUCCGCAUGUCUCACAGUUAAUCAAUUGUUUUUUUUUUUCAGUAAGUUCAUUUUCGUUUAUUAUUUUAAGGGAAAAAGCUAACAAUUUUACGUGGAUCCAAUCAAAAGCGGUGGACGGUUCCGUUCAGUGUAUCAAUGCUCUCGCACAUGUUUUCUGCUCUCACGAAUUCAUUUGCACCAACAUCAAACAAAAAUUGCAUUCGUAUACAUAUAUCGAAUCAUUCAUUCUUCAUUUAUAGUCGUGUGUGUGCCUUUCUACGCAAGAGACAGAACUAAUCGAAGACGGUUUAUUUUCAUUCAAUACGUGUAGUAAAGCAGUUACACAUAAAUAAAUAACAGUAUCGAUCGUGAAGCGGAGUUGUAAUAUUUAUUUGUCAAUGAAUAAAAUAUUGUUUUUGUGGAGCCGAUAGUUUGGACCUGCAACUUGUAUGAAAUGGAGUCGUACCUUUAGAUUAGAGCAAACGAGGAAGGAUCUGUAUUUUCAUUGAAGAUGCGUGCGAUCCCGAAAUGGGUCGAGAAAAUACUCGACCCCAACGAGAAAUCUGACGUAGUCAGCAUACAUUCUAUAUGUUUCCAUCCCGAAGGGAUUCAGUUGAUUGUCGGAGCCGGGCACAAGGUUUUGGUUUACGAUCCAAACGAUGGAAACAUGGUGAGCUCACUGAAAGGUCAUAAAGAUAUUGUUCAUUGUGUGUCAUAUGCCAGGGAUGGCAAGAAAUUUGCUUCCGGCAGUGCCGAUAAGACGGUUAUAAUUUGGACCAACAAAUUGGAAGGUUUACUUAAAUAUUCUCAUGGAGACUCCGUGCAAUGCUUGGCAUUCAAUCCAAUAUCGCAUCAUUUGGCUUCGUGUGCCGUGUCUGACUUCUCAUUCUGGUCAUCGGAACAAAAAGCGGUUCAGAAAUACAAAACAUCCGCUCGGGUGAAUGCAUGCGCUUGGACCAACGAUGGUCAGUACAUUGCCCUUGGAAUGGCGAACGGAACGAUAUCCAUACGAAACAAAACCGGCGAUGAAAAAAUUAAAAUCGAACGCCCUGGUGGAGUGAACAGUCCGGUUUUCGGACUGGCAUGGAACCCACCAGCUAGCGGUUCCGCGGAUAUUCUCUGCGUAAUCGAUUGGAGCCAAACGCUUUCGUUUUACUCGCUUGGUGGACAAGCUAUCGGAAAGGAACGCAAUUUCAACUUCGAUCCGUUAUGUUUGAGUUUUUUCCCUGAUGGUGAAUUUCUGAUUAUUUCCGGAUGUAACAAGGCACUGCAACUUUUUACGCGGGAUGGCAUUCGGCUUGGUAUGCUGGGAGAAUUGCACGAAUCGUGGAUAUGGGCUACGGCAGUACAUCCUUUGGGGAAUUCUAUUGUGGUCGGUUGCCAGGAUGGAACUCUUGCGUGUUACAAUAUGGCUUUCAAUACCGUUCAUGCAUUGUACCGGGAACGGUAUGCGUUCAGAGAAAACAUGUGUGACGUUAUUAUACAGCAUUUGGUGUCGGGUCAGAAAGUUCGCAUAAAAUGUCGUGAUCUGGUUCAUAAAAUAGCGAUUUAUAGAAACCGCCUUGCGGUUCAAUUACCAGAACGGGUGGUGUUGUAUGAGUUGAGUUCGGCAGAGAAUCAGCCAAUGCAUUACAAAGUGAAGGAAAAGAUCGCUAAGAAGUUCGAUUGCAGUUUAUUGGUUGUUUGCGCCCAGCACUUGGUUUUGUGCCAGGAAAAAAAGCUGCAAAGUUUAGACUUCAACGGAGUGCUGCAGCGAGAGUGGCUUAUGGAUAGCUUUAUACGGUACAUUAAAGUAACCGGAGGACCGGCGGGUUGUGAAGGUCUUUUGCUGGGACUUAAGAGCGGACAGGUUUGGAGAAUUUUUCUGGACAACUCCCUGCCGAUUCUGGUAACGACGGUACUUUCGUCCGUUCGGUGUUUGGAUCUCAAUGCGACCCGCACUAAACUUGCGGUGGUGGAUGACUCGGGUAGGUUAGUGGUUCGCGAUCUGGUAACCGACAGCUUGCUAUAUCAAGACUCAAAUGUUAACUCGGUCGCGUGGAAUACCCACCUGGAGUCGAUGCUAUGCUAUUCGCACACAACUGGAGGCUUAAGCGUUCGUGUGGGAUCCCUUCCGCCAAGAAGUCCACAAACGAUGCUCGGGGUUGUCGUGGGGCUGUGUGGAGCUACGGCCUUCUGCUUGCGUGGAAAUGUAAUGAGCAAUGUGCCGUUAGCAUUGGGAGCCACCAUGUGGCAGUACGUCGAAGCUGGCAUGUUCGAAGACGCCUAUCAGGUGGCCUGCCUUGGGGUGCCAAUCACCGACUGGGAAGGACUGGCGCAAGCUGCUCUCGAGGCAACCAAUUAUCAAGUGGCACGAGACGCAUACGUAAAGGUGCGUAACUUGCCCUGGCUUGAACUGAUAAAGGAUCUGAAAGAACGACAGAAACGCGGAGAAACAUCCAAGGAGAUACUGCUGGCCGAUACCUGUGCUUUUGCAGGGAAGUUCAAAGAGGCAGCUCGUUUGUAUCAGAAGGCUGGAAAUAAUAGCAAAGGAUUGGCGAUGUACAGUGACUUACGUAUGUUCGAUUUGGCGCAAGAGUUUCUGAAGGAAGGCAGUGCGGCUGAUAAAAAAGAGCUCAUCAGAAGGCGAGCGGAGUGGGCUUACUCGGUUCAUGAACCCAGAGCUGCUGCAGAAUUGCUACUUUCUGCUGGGGAAUCAGAACGGGCUAUCGAAAUUGUUGCUGAUCAAGGGUGGACAGACGUCUUACUAGACAUCGGAAGGCGCCUGAAUCCAUCCGAAAAAGUACCGUUGGAACAGAUUGCAACCCACUUGAGACGAUUGAAAGCAUUACCACUGGCUGCAGAAAUAUAUCGGAAGCUUGGGGAAGAAGAACAAGUCGUACAAUUACAUGUGGAAGCUCGAGACUGGCCGGAAGCUUUCCGACUAGCUGAACACUUGCCGAAAAUCUUGCCUUCGAUCCAUUAUCAGCACGCUCAAUGGUUGGCCGAGUCCGAUCAGUUCAUUUCGGCUCAUGAAGCGUACGUUUUAGCCGGCAAACCGAAUGAAGCCACAAAACUUUUACGCAAUCUCGUAGACUGUGCCGUAUCCGAGGAGCGCAAUUUGGACGCCGGUUACUAUACGUGGCUGAGGGCAAGACAGAUCUUAAAAUUGCUCGAAAAUGAUAGUAUUUCUGCGGAACCGAAAAUUAUCGAGUACAAAUCUCUACUGAAGCUGGCUUCAAUUUAUUACGCUUACAAUACCAUCAAUGCUUACUUGAAGGAGCCAUUCACAAGCAGUCCUCCGCUUACGUUAUUCAAUACCAGUCGUUUUGUUGUGAACCAAAUCAGUGGAGUUACGCCUCCCAAGGGAAUAAGUCUUUUUGCGGUAUACUACACUCUUUCGAAGCAAGCCAAAGUGCUUGGAGCUAACAAAUUGCAUCUUCAAAUCAAUAACAAACUCUUACUGUUGAAAGCUCCUCCGGGUAUUCAAGAGCAAGUAGAUAUAAACUAUAUAACCAGCCGUGCCUGUCCGGGAGGAUUUAACGAUCCGGAAGAAUAUUUACCAAUGUGUUAUCGAUGCUCGAAUUACAGUCCGCAUUUGCAUGGUAAUCGGUGUCCAAACUGUGGUCAGGAGUAUGUGUUUUCAUACGUUUCGUUCGAGAUUCUACCGCUUUCUGAGUUCAGUAUCGAGAAUGACAUAACAGAGCAAGAAGCUGAAAGAUUGUUGAUGGCACCUCCGAAAACCAACGAUGGACAGCCUGACCAGUUCAUACAUGAAGACAUGAUUGACACCUACUCCACCAGUUUGGAUCGUGAUGCACUGAGAGCCAUCGAUCCACGGGAAGUCAUCAUUAUCAAGGGACCGAAACCAAUCGUGACAAAAUACUACCGGAAUCUUUUACCUGAACUGCAGAUUACCGUUUGUCCGGAAUGUAGUAACGCUUUCCAUUCGGAGGACUUUGAACUGCAGGUUCUCCAGAAAGGGCACUGUCCAUUCUGUCGGACACCUGAAAGCAAUUUAAUCAAUUAACAACACAAUGAUACACAAUAGGUGUGUGCAUUUAAAAUUUGUGAUCUCAUUCCGUCCGAUACCACCAGUGGUGUGGUAUUUUUAUAGUGAUAAUUAUUUAUGAAACUAACGCAUGGUAUUUGAAAAUAAAUUCAUUUUUUUAACAAUCACAAGAUUACGAAUUAUAUCUCGAAUCGAUGGGUUGACAUAUUUAUUCAUUUUGCGCAACAAUUUACUAUUAUGUACUUGCGGAGAGAACAAUCCGAUGAUCUUAUGUCAUGAUGGAUUUUUCUAUGAGGUAUUCAAUGAAAAAUCGAGUUUUGCCCUGCAAUCACUGUGGAAACCGACUUUUGAACCAAGGGGCGGAGGGCCGAGUGUCAUAUAGCAUUCGAUUCAGUUCGUCGAGAACUGAAAAUGUCUGCGUAUAUGUGUCUAUGUAUGCAACAAAAAUAUGCACUCAGUUUUCUCGGAGAUUGAAUCAAUUCCAUAAGACUCAUAGACAGCUAUUUAAAUUUGUCCGCAUCCGAUUUUUGGUUCCGGAAACGCUAGGUGAAGUGUGUUUUAAAUUACAAACUCGACUUCGGCUAUACCUAACGCUCAUAUCCGUACUGUGUUUUACAGUAUUGUACUGUAUUUUAGACUCAAAUAUUGUGCACUGUCUUUACCCUCCAAUGUACUGUAUUUCAAUUUGUACGGUAUUUUCCCAUUGAAAUGUACUGUAUUUUUCACAUCAAAAAAAUAAAUACAGAGUUUUACAUCUCCAACUCAUCGAAUUUCGAUUUGCUGCAAUCCAAAACGUCAGAUAGAACAGUGACAACACGUAGCGUAUAUAAAUAUAUGCAAACAAUAAAUAGACUGGUCUCUUUCUCUCCUUUUCAUUAUUCAUUCUGGUUCAGAGCGCGUCACGCCAAUUUUGCUAAAUUUUGUCUAUUUUUGAAAAAGAAAAAUAUCUCCAACAAAAAG